UCUACAGGCAAGUGUGCAGCCAGACUCAAAUGCUGCGUUAAUGUCUGGGGCUGCAAAAUGGCACUUCUGCAUCCAAAUGGAACAGAGACUGGUAUAUUUGUUGGCCAGCAGAGACUGGCUGUCAUCCUAGUCCUGAGGCUCCUGUGAUCCGGGAGUAUGGGGCAAAUGAGGAAGAUAGGCCCCUACUUUACAUUACUGCCUCAGGAACCUGGGAGGCAAGUGGCCUCUUUCUUGCAUUUGAUUAAGCUUUGGGAACCCUGACUUCAGGCUGGGUAAGGGUUGGCCCAAAAUGAAGAGAAGCUGGGGAAGGGUUCUGGCCUCCCUUUAUAUGAAGUUGUACUUCUUGAGCAGCUGAGAGUGAGCACACACCCCCUACAGUCACCAAUGACUCAGACAGCCAGGAUUCAUGUGGAAACAGGAUGUGUGCACCCUGGCAGAGGAGGGGCAACUGGGAGGAAGAAACCCUGCCUCCAUAGAACUCCAACAUGUAGGCACCUCCAGUCUGAAUACAAGAGUACAGGGUAUACACAGACCAGGCCCUUCUGGCCAGAUCUAUACAGUGUUGGUCCAAAUGGGCCCUCACUGGAAGGUUUUCCUCACAAGGGACCAAUCCGGGCCCAGAGAGGAACCUCCUCCAGCCCCAGGGUAGGGGCAGGGAGUCCCGUGGCUCCGCCCACCAGCGGGAGGUGUUAGCAGAUGGAACCAAGGCCCCAAACCUGUCGACCUGCCCAGCCCAAGGUAGCAGCUGCCAUCCAUGGGGAACAGCCACUGCGUCCCUCAGGCCCCCAGGAGGCUACGGGCCUCAUUCUCCAGAAAGCCCUCGCUCAAGGGAAACAGAGAAGACAGCGCCAGGAAGCUGGCUGGCCUGUUUGGCACCGAGGCUAGGCCUGAUGGGGACACCGCGGCUAACAAGAUCUUCCACUACAUCCCUGGGACGGACAUCCCAGGCCCAGAAAAUCAUCCAGAAAACCUGGAACAGCCAUUCCUGAGCGUAUUCAAAAAAGGGUGGCGGAGGACACCUGUGAGGAACCUAGGCAAAGUUGUGCACUAUUCCAAGGUUCAGCUGCGGUUCCAGCACAGCCAGGACAUCAGUGACUGCUAUCUAGAACUGUUCCCCUCCCACCUGUACUUUCAGGCCCAUGGUUCUGAAGGACUUACAUUCCAGGGGCUGCUACCACUGACGGAAUUGAACAUCUGCCCGAUUGAUGGGUCCAGAGAGCAUGCCUUCCAGAUUACAGGCCCACUGCCUGCCCCACUCCUUGUUCUCUGCCACAGUGAGGCUGAGCUCAGGCACUGGCUCUACCACCUGGAAAAGCAAAUGGCUCUCUUGGGUCUACCACGAAGCCACUCAGCACCCCCACAGGGAUCUCUGGGAGAUAAAUUUCCCUGGACACAGCUAUGGCGAGCAUAUGGGUGUGAAUCCAUGGGCAGUGCAAUCUGUGCCUCAAGGGUCAAGCUGCAGCAUCUGCCCUCCCAGGAACAGUGGGACCGGCUUCUGGUACUAUACCCAGCAUCCCUGGCCAUCUUCUCUGAGGAGCCAGAAGGUCUUAGCUUUAAGGGGGAGCUUCCACUAAGUGCCAUCCACAUCAACUUAGAAGAGAAGGAAAAGGAGAUCCGCUCCUUUCUCAUCGAAGGCCGCCUCAUCAACACCAUCCGUGUGGUAUGUGCCAGUUAUGAGGAUUACAGUCAAUGGCUGCUGUGCCUCAGGACUGUCUCUCACAGGGAUGGGGCCCACCUGCUGCCUGGCCCAGAGAGUUUCCCAGGAUUACAGAGCCCCACACAGGUCAUAGGUAGAGGCCGAGGCUCACUCUCUUUCAAUGGACAAACCAACUGGAAAUUAGAGUGUCCAGUGUUCCCCACCAGCCAAUCACUCCCUGAGUCCUCAGUGCCAACCACUAUAGGCUCCCCUGCCCAUCCUGUACCUAACCAGACCAAAUCUAACUGUGUUAGCACUGGUCAAAAGAAGAUAGAGCUGAGGCACAGUAGCAGUAGCCAGUCUCCCAGGGGCAAAGCUCAAAGAGAAGUAUCUGGCUCAACUGUCCCACUACCCCUGCACCUGGACCUGACCAAGAUGAGUGCACUGAACCUAGAUAGUGGCCCAGAGGCUCAGGAUCACUCUUUGGACAUUCCACACUCCCCGCUCUAUGCUGAUCCCUAUACACCACCAGCUACAUCUCACCACAAGAUUACAGACAUCCAAGGUCUGGAUGAGCAGUUCCUCUGUGCGGUACAGACAUCACCUGGACCUGAACUCUCAAGCCCGUUCCCUUCAGUCUCUGUGUCUGUGCCUGUCUCUGACUCCAGCUUUGGAAUCUCCAGCUCCCCUGGGCCUCUGGGCUCCCACUUGCUCUCCAAGAAAGGUGCCCUGCAGUCCAGAGCUUCCCAGAGACACCGGGGUUCCAUCAAGAACAGGGGCCCACAGCCCUCAAACUUCCCUCAUCUUGUCACCCCUGCCAGAGAGGGUACACCCAGUUCCCUGCCACCUCCCCCAGAUGAAGAGGCUCCUAUCUGGAACAAGACUUCUUCUCCCUCCCACCAGAAGUGGUCACAGCCCAGGAAGCCUGCAGUGGAGGGGGGAUUCAUCCAGUGGAUCUGAUGGCCCCCAAGUGGGCUGCUUCUUCUCAAAAACACAACCUGGAUAAGCUAGGACCAACCUGGAUAAGAGUA